AUGCCGUCUAUCACAUGGAUAGAGAACGAUGACGCACUUGCUGUACAAUCUUACAACCGAAUUAGAGUACCUGAGAUUUUCCUCGACGACGAGAAAAUCCAUAGCCAGCUGGUAAUAAAGGGUGUAAAGAGGGAAGAUAAUGGAAAAUAUUACUGCUUUGCAAAUAACAGUGCGGGAGAAAAAGCAUCAAAGCCGGCAUUCUUGUCCACAAAAGAUCUAGGUGAGACAUAUGCUCAAUGUUUCUUACCUUGGCAUUAAAUUUUGUUAUGAAACGAUCAUUUCUUCUGAGAAGGCGAUGAAAGUACUUGAAAGAAAUGCUUUCAAAAGUCACUUACAGAAAAAUGUUUUGAUCAGUUCACUUGAAUACUGGACAUAUGUAUCGCAAAGAGCAGCGCUGAGGAAAUAGCUUCCAAAUCUCACGUUCCUGUUCAUAAAAAGUUAGAUGAGGUUGCAUGUUGAUACUACGCUUUGCAUUCAUUUUCCUUGAGGGUCAAUCGUGUAGCAGAACUCAGUAGGAGAUUUUUCUCUAUCUAAAUUGAAGAAAAACAUCAUUUUUGCAGACUGAGCAAUUAAAUGAAAGUUGAAAUUUAAUAUUUCCUUGCUUUAUGCAAAUCCUAGCAAGCGGAUAAUCAGGUUUCAGUUUCUCACGCUAUGAGACGAAACGAUCAGCAGCACCAUAUAAUGCGCUUGAUAAUUCCAUGCAAUGUUCAAUCUCACUGUUAUUUCAUUGUUCUUCAUAUUUCAACGAGCUUCUUCAAAUACAGCCCCGCCAAUAAAGGAACAACAACGGUCUGUUCCCCUGGUUACUGCACUUGGUGUGUGUGGUAGCGUAAUAAUUGCAUUCAUGAGCGGAUGCUUUAUGGCGUUUUUGUAUCGACGUGCAAGAAGAGAUCAUGAGGUAAAUCUUAUUUAGUGCAAUCGAACUUCAUAGCAACUAAAAUUUAACUUGAUCAAAACUUAAACUUGAUCAAAACUUUAAAUUGUGGCCUGCAUAGACAACAAAGAUUUGGCUGAGGUGAUACUGAAAGAUAUGAAUGCUGACACGGAAGAAAGGGAGCUUUUAGAGGCAAAUGCUAUCUCUUCGUUGUUAGUUGGUAAAAAUAAGAAUAACAAUGUGCAGCUAAACAGUAAAAAGCAUACCCAUGACGACUGGAGAGUUGACUCGAUACCGAGAGUAUCGUCCGAGGAAAGAAGGACUCCGACUCCACUAGAUGUCGGAGAUAAACAUUUCCUAAAUUCCAUCUCUGAUCAAAAAGGCUAUGCAGAAGAGUUGUUUAAUUCACGAAAUGGUCACCAAGGUGCCGAAGACGGCUGUGGUCACUGUGAUGUCAACAUUAUUUCGUAUCAAGACAGUGGGAUGGAUAGUGACAAAGAUAGCGACGAAAUACAAACAUCCCUCUUCACUGAGAUAGCGGAGAGCGAAAAAGACCGAGGUACUCUCGAAGUACUCGAUGAGGUACUAGGUGAAGGAGAAUAUGGAAUCGUUUACAAAGGUCACUAUGGUGGAAGGAAUGGUAGCAUUACUGAUUUUGCAAUAAAGAAGUUGAAAGGUAUGCAUAGGGGUCUUUUUCUAUUGGCUUUAAUCUUUUCUCAGUUAUUGUUUUCUUAGCAGUGUGGGCGGAUCAGCAAAUAAAAUUCGAUUAUACGUAUUUUUGGGACUAUUGUAUGUUACCCCAUUGCAAUCUGAAUUCUUUAACGUAAUAUUUGUAGCAAGGUGUUUAGACUGGCAGGGUAUUCGCAGUAUUCUUCGUUUUCUUUGAAUUCUACGUACAACACAACUUAACCAACUUAUGAAUAAUUAUCACCUUUGUUUAUUAUUUUAUUUUAGGUAAUGCAUGCACACUUGCGAAAGCCGCUUUGCUGAAUGAGUCAAGAACGUUGAAACAGGCUGGACGACAUCCCAACAUUGUCAACCUAAUUGGAACAUGGGUUCAAGGAGGUGAGACUUAUUUCGACUAUCCAAAUAACAUUCUUGCUAGUCUACGCAAAAAAUAUGUAUUUAUUCAUGUAAUGAAGUUUACAGGGCAAGAUAAUCAGGGUGGAAGAAAACUCGAUCUUGCAGAGAUUCUAAAGAUGAACAUCUCCAAAGAACUUUACACUGUGAAAAUUAUCGAAGAGGUGAACGGUCAAAAGGAUAUCUUGGUCAAUUUUCAGAAUUAUGCAAAUGAGCUUUUAGACGAGCGCAAUUCAGCAAACACAUGGAUUUACGGUGUUUUCAAGGUGUUAGUGGAUGAAAGUUAGAGAGAUGCCUGCGGGUUUGAGACAAUCUGCGACUUCAUUGGAGUAUAUGCUAUGCACUGAUAUGCUUUUUUGACCCGAUUUACGCCUGCAUUUUGAGGAUUAUUUCUUACAAAUCGGUAAAUUUUUUGAUAUGCAAAUAUUCGGUCGAAAGGUCGAAGAGGUUUCCUCAGGUAACGCUGUAAUGGAAAAUAUUUCAGGUGAAGUUUCCGUCUUUUGUCUGUACAUUGACUGAAUACAUCACAUAAUUUGUAGCGAGAGCGAAUUCCGUGAGCUGUAUUAAUGCAGUCGCUUCGCGCUGAAGAAAAUCAGUGAAAUUUACACUUUUGAUCGCUGUCCACACGGGUGGUCUGGCCAAAAUCAAUUUUAACUUGUGACCACGCAAAAAGGGAAUAGGAGAACAAAUAAACUACUUUUGAAACAUGUGUCCUAAACCCUUUUCAUGGGUAAGUAGUGAAGGUAAACUUUUUUCCGACGGGAAGUCGAGAGGACCGCUCUCAGCGAGAGCGGUACUUAAAAUUGCAAACUCAUUCUUUUUGUCUUUAUCUAAUCUACCAAAGGUAUAUGGUAACUUUUGCAAAAAUGAUGCCGCCAACCCACAGUAUUCCCUAACGUGCAUGCUGGUAGUUGGUUUGAGGCUACUUUCUCCCGUCGUCGAGUUCCCAUCAAUUUGUAGCAGUAAAUUUGUUCCUGAUAGCCAACUUUUCUUUCCUUAGAGACAAUUCUUGUCGUCACCGAAUUGGUCCAUGUUGGUAGCCUUGAAAGCUUUUUGAGGUGCAAGGGUGACGGAGGUAACGAAUAUGCGAAUGUGCACUGUAAGCUGAAUGACCGACAGCUGCUUAAAAUUGCUCUACAUGUGGCCUUGGGAAUGAAACAUUUAGAAGAGCAGAAGGUUAGCCGGAUCUUUUCCUAGCGAAGCUCUUGAUGAAAAUUUAACUCAGUUAUUUAUUGUCCGAUAAUAUUUGCACGAUAGAGAAUCGAUGUGGUAACUUUUUUUUCAGUGCAUUCACCGCGACCUUGCCGCGAGAAAUGUUUUUAUCGAUCCAAACAUGGUGGCAAAAGUCGGAGACUUUGGAUUCGCUAGGGAAAUCACAGACAAUGGAUUAUGCAUCAAGACCUCGUGCGUAAGUAUUGUGCCACUAAUUGUUACUUUUCUAACUACUUUUACUAAAACCGACUGAAUUAAAUUCUUUCCCUCUAAACCAGACAGACAAAUGGCCCCAUAUAUAUCCUGCCACAAUUGAUUUCGGUUACCUUAUUUAUGAUCUAUGGUAUAACUAACAUUCAGUCAAACGGAUGGAAAAUCCUCAGAUUGGCGUGGUGACUUGUUGGCUUGUUCAUUCCAGUUUAUACAAGUUAAUGUUACAAGAUCAUGCACACCUCCCUUUUUCACAGGGUAAAGUUCCAUGGAGAUGGUCGUCUUUAGAAUCACUGCGAGAUCGAGUUUAUACAUCCAAGAGCGAUGUGUAAGUGACACGAAAAGUAGUAUACAAAGUUGUUAUAUCUCCGAUGCAAACGUAGAGUAUCUUGGAACGAAACCGUUUUGGGAUUGUUCCAAGCCAGGCUUGAUCGCAUUGUCUGAAAAGCCAUCGUCAAAAAUAUGUAGUGUUCGGUGAGAAAGCAUGAUAAUUAAUGACUCUCAGGCACUUUCAACUAUAAUUGUUGGAUGUUAUUGUUGUUUUUUUUUUCAGCUGUAAAUUUUCAAAUCGAAUGGGAAGGAUGGCAAGUUUUAAGCUCGUUAAAAAGUUCUGAUCCCCAUGAGGAUUCGAACCUCAGUACUGGGGGACGACCCAUGGGGAAUUUUUUCUUUGUCCCAUGCUCGUGAUAAGACGAAAAACCUCUUUCUCUAUUUUCUUAACAUGUGCACCCUGAAACUAAAGGUUCUAGAAAAUGAAAACCACUAAAUAGCCACUUUUUAGAUGUGGCCAAUAAUGCGUGAAAACGUAUUCCUCAUCUAAUGCAGCAGCACAAUACCCCCAGGAAAGGGUAAACUAGCCUGGUUUUACUACUAAUUAAUGACUCUAACGAUGUUGUACAGGGAUUUCAUAUACCAAAAUUACAACAAAUACAGAAAAGAAAGUGGUCAAGACAGACCAACCUUGAAUGACUUAAUUUUCCCGCAAAAUGCAUAAACAAUCCGAAACUUCCAUAAUGCCACGUGAAUCUCUUCAACUUGUUAUCAGAAUAUUAAUUUCAGACAAAUUCGUUCCCAUGUCAAUCAAGCGUCAGCAAGUAUAUACUUAACUGAAAAUGAGUCAUCAAUCGUUGCUUUUUGGCGUGUUUUUUUUUUCCUUUUUUCGCCCAUUUGAAGGUGGUCGUUUGGCAUAUUACUUUGGGAAAUGGUAACUUAUGGUAGGUCAUUAAAUAUUUGAUGAAGUAGAAAUGUCAUUAUAAAAGUGAAUGCUGACGACGGGAAAAGAGUCGGGGAUUCGUACAAAUUCACAUUGGUUCCAGAAUUCCAAAAUACUUUGUUUUAUAGCCUGGGAGAGGUUUUUGAAGGGGGGAAAAUUAGGCAAUUUUUUUGGACAUUCAUUAAAUAGUAUGUCAUUCCAUAAGUCAAUCACGCUGGAUCAAAAGCAUUAUUUUAAUAAGUUGAAAUAUUCUAGGAAAGACAAUAAUAUUAUCAAGUUUCAUUUGCAAUUUUGAGCUCACUGGCUAUAUGUCAACAGAUGUAUCAGAGGGAUAGACAGCUUAAAGCCACAUAAUCAAUUAAGCUCAAGCUACUGUUGUUAGUUAUUUUGCUUAACAGGUGACUCACCAUACCCUGACAUCCCAACACCAUUUGCCUUGGUAAGUCGGCUUUCUACGGGCUACCGGAUGUCACGUCCUCAUCAAUGCUCGGAAGAACUGUAAGCUUUUCGAUCAUUUUCAAGCAUGUGUAUUUAUGUGUUUACAUUUAUUCUAUCAGUUAACAAUUUUGACAUUAUUCAAGUAAUUAAAACCAUUUCACCCGGGCGAGGAAUUAAUAAAGGGUUUGUUUCUUCUUAGAUUUGGAACUCCAUCUAGUUUACAUGUCGCUGUUCGAUGCUCUGCAGUUUGGCUGUGUUAAGAUUGUUUGAGUUGAAUGAAUAAAUAGGUGCAAAAAAGUAAUGAAUACUGCAACGUAUUUGUAGAUAUACGCUGAUGAGAUCUUGUUGGAACGAUGAGACCUUCGUUUGCUGA